UCGGUCAUCUUCUGAUGCACUUCCGGUCCUCACCGGAUGUUGCUAGAAAAUAUUGGAGCGCCUGCAAGUGUUGUAUUAAUUCCAGCUAAAAUGUGUUUCUCCAGUGUUUGCACGCUGUUGAAAAAAAAGUUGAUCGGGAAAUAGCUGUCAUAAACCUUCUCUGCUAAUAGAAACUGAAGAUCUGCUCUGGGUGUUCUUGCUGUGCCUUCACAAGUCUUGGAUCAUGAUGGAGCGAAGAAGAGCCUUAACCAUUCCCUUUAGUGUCAACAAGGAUAACUUGAUGGAAAACCCACUCAAAAUCCCCAUCACACGUAUUUCACCAGACUGUGGAAAGUUAGAAAACCAGCAGGUGCCCUGGACUGCAUUUGCAGGUUGCAAACUCAGACAACGAGAUUCACCGCAUAAAAACGGAUCCACGCUGUUUGAACAUCCCCUUGAUGUCAUGGACAGGAGGAAGCCCCGAGUUAUCCUGGAGGAUGUCCUGAAGACAGACAAGGGCAGGGAUUAUAUUGAAAAGGUAAAACGGAGAGGGACGAUGGGGAAUCGUAGACGCCUGUCGAGUUCACAGAGAGAGAGUGGACAUAGCCAAGAGGAGCCUGUGAUCUGCAGAGAAACAAGGUCCAAUCAGAAGUCUGAUGUCAAAACUGGUGAAAACAAGAAUGUGACUCCUAAACGCAACCAGAGGACCCCAUCCUCACCCAAUCAAAGAUCCAGAGUCAGGAGAAGGUUACAGAGCACUGAAGAAGAAGAAGACGGAGAAGAGAGCACGGAAAUCCAGGAGGUGAUGAUAGGCAAGGACAACGGAGAGGACGACAAGUUUGCUGAAGUUGUAGACUGUGGGUUGUCCGUGAGCUGGAAGCCUGCAGAGGACACAGGAGACUGUGAUGAGUUCUCUCCAGCAAGCAUCAAGGACAGGUUGAGCGACCCUGAAAAAGAAGUCCAGCACAGUUCGAAGAGGAAAAGAAACGAAGCGCUGUCUCAGUGCAACGGAACAGGCAGCCCCAAACGCCAUCGUGUGAGUGUGCUCCGCCUCAUGGGAGAGGACAAAGGAGACAGAGAAACGGGCUCGACUCAGAUCGGUCUGGAAGAGGAAAGUGGAGAAUAUGCAGAUUUGGAGAGCUUGGACCACACCAUUGUACAGUUCACGGUCGGAGCAGAUGAUCAGACAGAGAUUCUGAUUCCGAUCCCGAGUCCUCAUUUAGAGGCUGGAGACAGCACCGCCCAGACAAAGCCCUCUGAACCAAUUGUGCUGUCCAGUGAUGACGAGGAGGGCGGCGGCGAGGUUCCUCAGCGGUCAAGCCCGGCAGUUCUCACUCUGGUCACCGUGGAGGAUGCAGUUUCACAGGGAGAAACCUCAGAGGAAGCUGUGGCCACACAGCAAGAAGCUUCUGAGCAGUUAGUGAGUGUAAUUGUUGAAGACAUACCUAGUUCAGUCUCUUUUAUCCCCGAUGACUACAACUGCCUCUUGGGUGUGGCCUUCACCUCCUUGCACUGUGGAGGCUUCAAAGGGACAUCCAAUGGAGACCUCAUGAUUACAAACGAUGCAGUCAUCAUCCCCAUCACAGACACCCGUAAUGAGGUGGAGGUGAAGUUAUGCUAUCCGCGCCAGGAGUUGCGAAGGUACAGUGUGUGGAAGUGGGAGGAAAUGGAGGCUCUGGGCAUUUCCUUCAACGACGACGAGGACCCCUUACCUGCUGCCGUCCUCAUGCUUUUUGUGUCGGAAGCUGCUGCAGCUUCUAUACAGAGUGACCUCCUGCUGUGUGACAAACAAGACAGAACUACAAACACUGACAAGGCGAGCCCCUUCAUCCUGUUGGCUUUUAGAGAUCCUCUGGAGACAAUGGUGGAGGCUUUAUUGAAAUCCUAUCUACAAAUGGACGCACUCGCAGAAGACCUAUCGUUGGAUCCUCACGGUGCAGAGAGCAUCAUCGGUCUGGAAGACAAUCACGAUCCAGAUCUGUCUCUGGCCGAUAGCAUAAUGCUGAUUAGAACGACCGGUUGUGACUGUUACCUGUUCUCUCUGCUGGGUCUGGAGAGUGCAGACUCAGAUCUCAACACAGACCAGGACAGUUUGCAUUCUGACACUAAUGAAAACACAGCACCAGUCGUCGAGCUGGAAGACCAUUCACAGGAAGAGUCGGCACCAGAGCCGGAGGGAGCAGCAGCAGAAAGGGACUCAGAGACGCAACCCAAACCAGAGGAGGAACCCAAAGAACAAGAGCCCAAAUCUCCCGCUGAGAAGAAAAAAGAAGACACCACUCCUGUAUAUACACUGUGCCAUCGUAGAGCCUCAGGAUCCUACUCCGUGUCUCUGUGUAAACCAGACCCCAAGUGGACUAAAUACAAACAUCAGGGCCUCGCUCACAGGUUGAUCCAGUUUCCUCCUCCCCCUUUAAAAGGAGGAAUCACAGUAACAAUGGAAGACCUGCAGUGUCUCGACAGUGGGCAGUUCCUCAACGAUGUCAUCAUUGAUUUUUAUCUCAAAUACCUCCUCCAGAACGCCUCUGACGCUGUGGCCCAGGGCUGCCACAUCUUUAGCAGCUUCUUCUACAAGCAGCUGACACGCAGGGACAACGCCAGUGAAGGCAUCACUAAUGAAACGUGUCAGAGGCAGAGGCGGCACCAACGCGUGAAAACAUGGACACGUCAUGUGGACAUUUUCAAAAAGGAUUUCCUGUUCGUGCCUGUCAAUCAGGAGGCUCAUUGGUAUUUAGUCGUCAUUUGCUUUCCUGGACUGGAGGAGCCAACAUUGGAGAUGUGCAAGAGUACAGACUCUCAGGACGUGAAGAGUAAUGGUGUGACAGGAGAGCUACAGGAUCAGGAGGCGGCUCAAGGUUCUACAAGCCCAAAUGACGACACAGAGAAAACACCAACAGUAGACAAGAAAGAUAAGAAUGUGGACAUAGAGACCGAAAAAGCUGCUGUUGAACCCACUAAAGAACCUACCAAAGACCCAACGCCUGGUCCAGUGAAUUGCACACAGAAGACUUGCCAGAAGGAAAUGGUUUGCAAGAGGCCGUGCAUUCUUAUCAUGGACUCCCUCAAACUUUCUCUUCAUGAGCGAGUCUUCAAACUCUUAAGGGACUACUUACAGUCAGAGUGGGAGGUACGUCGAGGUUCAUCAAGGGACUUCAGUCCUGACCAGAUGCAAAGCUCACACUGCCAAGUUCCCCUUCAGGACAACAGCAGCGACUGUGGCCUUUACUUACUGCAGUACGUCGAGAGUUUUCUGAAGGAUCCAGUGGUGCACUUUGACCUCCCUCUACAUCUACAUCGAUGGUUUCCACGGCAGCAGGUGCGGAGGAAAAGGGACGAAAUUAGAGAUCUGGUGCUUCACCUCUACAGAAAACAAAAGUUGGAUGGUAACAGAUAGACUCACAGAGCAGCUCUGCUGUUCAGUGCGUCACAUUCCUGUAGCCAUCAUACAUCUCUGCUCAUACUGAGUGACGGACAUUUCAGGGUGAAAUGAAGACAUUUUCUUUAUAUUAGACGCUGAUUUUGUUUUCUAAGUUUUAUGCAUUGACUCAUAGGAAACAUGUAAAAUUUUGACUGUCUCUGGGUCCUGUGAGUGAAGACGCAGUUAUCUAUUAAUUUAAAAUAAACAGGUAGCAGUCCUUCCAACCAGAACGAGUACCACAGCGGGUCAUACUUAGAGAUGUUGCACACCCCAUGUACAAUGUUUGUACACCCCCUGGCUUUUUACAGAUUGUUUUAAUGCUGCAGGAUGUUUUAUAAAGGCAUUUUUUGUAUUUAAUUUUUUUUUUUUUUACAUAGAAUAAAUAGGCAAACAAGUUAAGUGUAAAACAGUAAGAGCUAGUUUGAACAGCAGAUUGUAAACAGUUUAAAUGUUUUACAUGCUUUGAGCACAUCGUGUGUCAAACUUCAUGUUUAAGUCUCACUUUUGAGUUUUCCAAUCCGAGGGCAUCUUUUCUUCUUUGCAUCAAUACUCUUUUCCUGGAUACACUCAAAUCGCAAAACAUAUAAUAUUCAACAACUAUUCAAGAGUUCUCCUUCGAUGUCACGCCCAAGGUAGGAAGCUCAAACACUCAUUUAUCGUUGUCUGCUGUGUUACAGGGACUGCAAAGCAUGUAAGUGUAACAACUCUGACAAGUGGUUUCUAUUUCAGCUCUUCUACUAAAAAGUUGAUGCCUUGUGAAUUGCUGGAGGGAUAGUUUGAAACAACACAUUUGAAAAAGCGUUGGCUACUGACAAUAGCUUAAAGUAGCACCUAUUGCAGGCUUGCGUCUCUGUUUGUUGAAGUUACACAAUCCUAAAUAAAGGUUUUAAUUCCUCGCUCACUGUGAAUUUUAGCUUGCAUUAGUUAAACGCUAACAUAAGCUGUUAUGACUCAGCUGUCAUUAGUUUUUCUACUGUUUAAAGCACAGCUGUAUUUACAUUUCAUAUUGUCUGUUUAGUUACUGAUCAAUCGAGAAGCAGGGAAAUUAUAACUUCUAAUGAUCCGUGUUAUUUUCUGUAACACAGCAGUACAACACUAGACUACCCCUUUGAGUGUGAUGUCAAAGGAAACCAACAACCACUUAAAUAUAUAAUAACGUGCACUGAAUAAUGAAAAAUGUUUCCUAUAUGGAUACAAAUAAGAUAAAAGUAGUCACUCAGUGCCUCACAAAGUUACCCACAUAAAACUCCUGAUUGAGUCUGCAGAUCACAACAAACAAGCAUCAUCCACGCACUUCUCUGUGCAAUCAAGUAGGACCGGUUGUCUGUGACACUGUUUGGCAUUGUAAUUAUAAUCGUGAAUCCAAAUGUAGUUUUGGGAGACUGAGAUUGUGCCUGCAAUUAACUUUUCCUGCAGAAUGAGACCAAAUUAGGAUACCAGACUAUCAGACUUCAAUCAGUGUUUACAGAAAACUUGUGUAUAUGUUUUGACGCUGAUUUUGGCAUAAACAUAUUUCACCUUUUAUGUCGUCACCAUUUAUAUGUUCAGAUUUGGCCCCCCUUACUUGCAUAGAGUUUAGUUGUUCUCACACGUUAACCUGUGUACUUUUAAAACUGAUCUUAAUUGUUAAAACUUACUUAAUUAAGACAGCCCAUCACUAAAGUUGCCUAAGUUCUUCUCAGAAAAGAUCAAUUUUGAUAGCCUUGUAACUGUUCUCCCUCAUUGUUCAGUUUUUUUGUCCCUUCAAACACUUUAUGUUCAAAAUGUUUUUAGACAUUGUAUUGGAUGAAUGUACAGAAGCUGAAUCCAAAACAUAUUUGGUUUCAAUGGUGUAAUAAAUCUUGUAGACCACUUGUUACCCUUUUUAAGUUUCAUUGGGAACCACAAAUCUUGGUUGCUGCAUUAAUAAAGCUCUGUCCAUUUUCUAUGAUGUAGUACAUGACAAAUGCCAAACAGACAAAUUUUGUGGUGUGGUCCUUACUCUUGACAUCUUGACCCAGA